GAAACCGCCCGAGCAAAUCGGAUGAGUGAGCCAGCGGGCGCCGGUUCUGGACCUUUCCGCCAUACUGGUGGAUCUCGCUCUGCUCUGAAGCAUAUGGAUGUCAUGGAAAGGGAGCUUGGCCGGAAACCGAGUGCGACGGAGUUGUACACUCGCCUUCACUCCACGAAGGCUGACAAGAAGCCGGUCGACAAACGGGCUCAGGAUAUGACUGACGCCAUCACUGAGAGGCUUGCUGCUGCGACACAGCCUCAGACCGGAGAGGGUAGCUCCUCGACCCCAGCUGCAGUGGACGAGACCCAGGUGUUUCUAGACAUCGAGGGCGUCAACAAGAAGAAACGCGUGUACGUGUUGGGUUCUGCGAGCAGCAGGUACGCCGGGCCAAGCAGCAGGGUGCAGCGAGGCAGCUCUUCUAGGACGUCGCAGCAGGCAGACGAGGAGGUCGAGCGCCGUGUGCAGGCCGGCAUUCAGGAGGGUCUGCGACUGGCUCGGGAACAGCAGGCUGCGAACAUGGCCCAGAUGAUACGCGAGGAGAUUGCCAGGAUGAUUCCUAACCUUCCGGCUGAGUAUCGGCCACAGCGCCCACCUACCCCACCAGACGAUGACGACACUCCAGCUUUGUAGUGUCGUGUUAGCUUAUUUUAUUACACAC